CCCAUGGCUAUCCCACCGGGGCUCGCUAGCAACUCAGCGGAAUACUCCUCCGGAAAUAUAGGCGAUCACGACUGGCUGCCUGCGUAUCCAAAUGCAGAAUUGGAUGCAGGCACGCAAAGUAAUCUAUUCAAGCACUGCACCAAUGCAUUUGUGUUCCGAGAGGAAAACGUGCUGCUCGGCUACAAGAAGCGCGGGCUAGGUGUGAAUAAAUAUAACGGAUUCGGUGGGAAGGUAGAGCCGGGGGAAACAGUCGCAGGAGCUGCUGUACGGGAGCUUCAGGAGGAAGCCGGCAUCGCAGCCCCGCUUGUCCGGGUUGGCACUCUCAUCUUCGUCGUCCCAGACCAGAAAUGGAUGCAAAUUGAUGUUUUCCGGGCGGAUGAGUACAGUGGAGAUAUCACGGAGUCAGAGGAAAUGCGGCCACAAUGGUUCUCUCAAAGCAAUCUGCCAUUCGACGACAUGUGGGCUGCCGACCGAUAUUGGUUUCCGUUACUUGUUUCAGGGCAACAUUUCAUCGGACGUCUCGACUUUGACAAUGGAGGAGAGGAUAAUGGGUAUAUUCUCAGAAGGUGGUGGAUUGGGAAGGUGGAGUGAAAGUCUCGUGCGAUUUCUACAGAUCUAGGCCACGUCAAACGCUACGAUUUCUAUUUUCCUUCGGCGAGUGCCUUCUUUAGCAAGGCCAAGGCCAAAUCCGCGGAUCCCCACGAACUCUGGUAUCCAUAUCCGCCGUGGCUAGUUUUGCGUUUGGUUCGAUGGAACAGUUUUGAGAGAGUGAGCACUCACCCGUAAUUGAAGACAACCGGCACCUUUCCUCGGCCCGCAGUUUCGACCCAGUCCGUCUCGAGUCGGAUGCCGCCCUUUCGAGCGGGCCGGAGACCACAUCCUUCUUCAAUGAUGAUCGGCUUGAGGUCGUCCAAGACUGGUUCUCGUUCAGCUCUGAUUUCUGGAGGCGCCAGUUCGGGGCAGAGAGCGAAGGCGCGUUCGAGAAUGUUUUGGGUUGUUUCAGGUCGAGGGAUUGGAUACCAGUCGUUUUCCACUUUGAUUCCUCCGACGAUGAUCUGCAGGCUUGGCUCAGCUUAUUGUCCCCGCGAAAAGCAGGGCACAGACGUCACCGCUGCGGCGUGGAAUAAUAUACGUCCACAAUCCGUUCUUGCUGCUGAUUGCGCGACCAAAUGUGAUCCAUGGCGCGCGCAGCAGCACAGUUUGGCCGCGGAUCGGAUAAACGUCUUUGUCCUCGACACCACCCAUCGCACGCGCGCCGAGACCAGCACAGACCACCACGGCGUCAGGUGCGGAAACGAUCUUGCGUGCGCUGAAGAUCCCUCCGCCCCCUUCGAUGACCUCCGCGAUGUGCUGCACCGUUCCGCGCACAAUUGCCCCGCCGGCAGCGAGGAAUCGUGAUAAGAGAUAGUUGAGGUAGACUGGGCUGUCGAUUGUAAGCGUGUUGAACGAUAUUCCUUGGGCGCAGUUCGGCGGAAGUUCCUCGGGUGCAAUCAUGGUGAACUGUCCGACGAUAUUAAAACUGGAAUUCGAGAAUUCCGGCUAAGAUCCUACCCACCUCCGGCAUCACCGACAGGACCUCAGGGUGAGCGAUAGGCUCCGAGAAGUAUUCUUGCUCUCUUAUCCUCAGGAAACAGCCCUCCGCAGGCCCUCCUGGAGCGGAGAGCUCCCACAUCACUUUGAACGUGUCUUGAUCCAUUUCUGUCAGAUCGAUAGCACUGAUUAUCAGUGGAACUUGUCGAGUGUGGGACAAGCAAACUGCGCACUGCGUUGUCGAAGAUCGGGACCCGCAAGACUGACAUGAUGAGCACCCUGAUUAUUUUUAUGGUCCAUGCCGGGGAUCGGACAAGCAAGCGACUCACGGCCCAGUGGCUAGUGUAUUUGAUGUUCUUGGUAUCACUG